GCCUGGGGUGGCCACGGCUUGGGGAUAAAAUUGAUUGGUGUGUCAGCAAAAUCUGUCAUUGGCUUUGGCGAUUCAAAAGGCAGACACGUUCUCUCAUCUCUGCUAAUCCUCAUCUGAUACAGCGGAUUUUCCAGCCACUAUAUCUCCAGAAAAAAACAAAACAAGCAGUCAGAUCUGCACGCACAGCCCUUGCUCGUCGUCUGUGUGCCCCCUGCUCCGGCCUUUAUUUCCUAUUGCAACAUUUCCUGUGCUAUGGAGGGGCUGGGGGCGCUGGGGCCAGACCCCCAGGAUGGUAGGGAUCCUACAGCUCAAUGUCUCUGAGCCACCUGGUGCAAGGAAGGCCAAGGGAUGCUGAUCCUGCUUCCUCAUGUUUUUAGGGAGAAGGGAAAGCUAUAUCAAGCUUCCUUUACAGCAGAAUAUCGAAGUAGCCUGUUUUCAAUUGAAUGCUCAAAGACAAAUCUGGAAUGGCCGAAUCCCCCCUGGAACAGCUGAGAAACCAUGGAGUGCUCACAACAGAUGAACCGUGGGGCUGAGUAAGCCUACAGAGGUGGCAGCAAGCACCUUGAACAUACCCUGUGUUGUCUUUGCCUUCAGGUUCCCACAGUGGUUUAAAGAGGCAAGUACUGUAAACAUGAUGGGGGGGGGCAUGAAAGAACAGGGGUGUUUGCUGGAAAUUGGGCACAUUUACACCUGGACACUCCUUUUCCUUAUAUAAACUGUGAAGUUGAAUACUGCCUGAAACCACUUGUCUGGAACACCAAAUGGUCCAUCUGUCAGUGCUGCUUUCUCUCUUCUCUUCCUUCUCUUUUCUACAGGUUCUUAUGUGUCCUUGGCUGACCUGCAACUCACUGUGUAGCUGAAGAUGAAUUUGAGAUCCUCCUGCCCCUACUUCCUGAGUGUUGGCAUUACAGCGGUUUUCUUCGGCCUGCCCUGCACCCGGGCCACCGAGGCCUGUUUGCAGGCCUGUCCUGCGGCCUGCACGUGCCGCAGCAUGGAGCGUGGCUGCUCCGUUCAUUGCGACCGUGCUGGUCUCCUGCGGGUGCCCACUGAGUUUCCAUGCGAGGCGGUCUCCAUCGACCUGGACCGGAAUGGCCUGCGCAUGCUGGGCGAGCGGGCCUUUGGCACGCUACCGUCAUUGCGCCGCCUGUCGCUGCGCCACAACAACCUGUCCUUCAUCACGCCUGGCGCCUUCAAGGGUCUACCUCGCUUGGCCGAGCUACGCCUGGCGCACAAUGGUGAGCUGCGCUAUCUGCAUGCCCGAACCUUCGCGGCGCUCAGUCGCCUGCGCCGCCUGGACCUGGCGGCCUGCCGCCUGUUCAGCGUGCCCGAGCGUCUCCUGGCCGAGCUGCCCGCCCUGCGAGAGCUCACGGCCUUCGACAAUCUGUUCCGUCGGGUACCCGGCGCGCUCCGCGGCCUGGCUAACCUGACGCACGCGCACUUCGAGCGCAGCCGCAUCGAGGCCGUGGCCUCCAGCUCGUUGCGGGGCUUGAGGCACCUGCGCUCUCUCAGCCUGCAGGCCAACCGCGUGCGGGCUGUGCACGCCGGGGCCUUUAGCGACUGCGGAGCCCUAGAGCACCUGCUGCUCAAUGACAACCUGCUGGCCGCGCUGCCUGCCGCUGCCUUCCUAGGCCUGCGCCGCCUGCGCACACUCAAUCUGGGUGGCAACGAGCUGGGCCGAGUGGCGCGGGCCUGGUUCUCCGACCUGGCAGAGCUCGAGCUGCUUUACCUGGACCGCAACAGCAUCACUUUUGUGGAGGAAGGCGCCUUCCAGAACCUUUCGGGCCUCCUGGCCCUGCAUCUCAAUGGCAACCGCCUCACCAUGCUCUCUUGGACCGCUUUCCAGCAAGGCUUCUUUCUGGGCCACCUCUUCCUCUUCCGCAACCCUUGGCAUUGUGACUGCCAUCUGGAGUGGCUGCGCAAUUGGAUGGAGGGCUCUGGGCGUGUGGCUGAUGUGGCAUGUGCCUCCCCAGGUUCUGUGGCCGGCCUGGACCUCAGCCAGGUGGUCUUUGAGCACUCCUCUGAUGGCUUGUGUAUGGACCCCGAGGAGCUGAACUUCACCACAUCCAGCCCAGGCCCCAGUCCAGAGCCAGUGGCCACCACCGUGAGCAGGUUCAGUAGCCUCCUCUCCAAGCUGCUGGCCCCAAGGGCCCCUGUGGAGGAAGUAGCCAACACCACCUGGGAGCUGGUCAACGGCUCAAUGUAUGACAGCCUUCCCUCCCUUGGAGUGGAGGUCUUAGGCUGCAAGGCCAUGUUUCUGUUCGUCUCUUGCCUCUUGCUAACCCUAGCACAGUCUGUAGUGUUCAGCCUACAGAGGGAUUGACUUUGCCUCACUGAAGUGACCCAAACCACUUUGGUCAACAGGGGAAGGCUGACUUGGCUGUGAUUUGGAGUGUCUGUAGUGAGAAGAGAGGUAAUACGAUUGGGGUUGGUGACAAAAAUUCUUGCUCCAAAGAUAGCCCUAGGCAGAGGAGCACUCUGGGAAAUGACAUCUAAGUGGGUAUACGUUUCUGCUCUUCUCACAUGGGCAUCCAUUGAAGAAGAGAAGAAUGAACAUGCUCUCUUGGGUGGGUAGAUGAGGAAUGGAAGCUCCCGGAACUCCCAUCCUUCCACCUCCAGGCAACAAUAUCUACGAGCCCUAAAUUAAAGCGGGACUCCAUUGGCUAAGUACUAAGAACUCAUCACCUCUUCUGCUCCAGUAGCCCACUAAAUCCAAUCCAUAUCUUUUCUACCUUCUGCUCCCAGGGGCUUAGGAAUAACAAGGCUCAGGAAGGCGGACAGACCAUUAGAGAAGGAGCCUGGGAAAGAGACUGAGAUCCAAAGCAGGCGGUGGUUGCUGAGGUCUGAGGUGUUCCAUUAAGAGGAAUGGAAAACAGACUCACGUCUUUUAUACCACAAUUGAUCUCUUACUAUAGGCACUGUAAGACCUAUAGUAAGGUGUGUUUGUGGACCACAUUUAUAAAAUGCUAAAAUUAAAGUUAGACCAGUUUCUCUAAUGUAAGACUUUUCAGUCUUUCAAAUGCUAUUGUGAACUUUCAAUGUAUUGUGAACUUUCAAGGAAGAACAAAUCCUCUUUCCUGGUUCUCCUAGCUACCUGCCUUCUCAUCUCCUCAAGAAACAGCUGCCUGAGGUCUCCAGGAUGGCAAUAAACAGGAUGCCUCUCCAGCCACAUCUCUCUGAGCGUGAGCCCACCAACUCCCAGCUCUCCCCUUUCCCAUGUCGUCCCAUGCCAACAGGAAGCAGCCAGACUUGAGCUGGUGCCCCUUUAUCCAAGGAAAUGUUUGGUUGAGGGGCUUCACCUCAGUUUGCUGGCACCCCUUUAAAGCACCACCUCAGCUCCCUAACACCCCUUUAUACAAAAAAUUGGGAUUGUUUGCCUGGGGGCAUCACUCCAGCUCCUGGCAUAAGCUCCCUCCCCUAGGAGUUGCCUCAGUCCAAACUCCACCUCCAAGAAAGACUGCCAAAUGGUGAACCCUCCCUAGGGAGGGUCAAGAAAGCCUGCCAAAUGGUACCCCCCCCAGGGAAGGUUGAGACCACUCCCACAGGCUAUUUAAACUGCUAGCCAGAGAAUGAACACAUGGCCUCUGGGUUUUGCGUAGUCUUCCCCUCUCCAUGUUUCCCGGGGUGGGGGGGACUCGGGAGUAAGGCCAUCUAUUAAACAUGGGCAUCUUUUAAUUCGUUUUAAUUCACUCUAAUUGGAAUUAUUUAUGUUGGUGGAGAGACUCAAAGCAGAGAAAAUCCCUAACAAGAAGCAUAUCUCUUCUCACCAGAUGCAGGAUAGAGCAUCUCCAGCUGUUAAUAUGAAAUUAUUAUGAGCUGCUCGCAUGGAGACUGACUAAUGGCCAAGAGGGAAGAAAGCAGCAAGGACCUGGGAAGGGGAACUCAGAUUUCUCAAGGUGCAUGCCUAAGGGCAAAGGUCACCAGCACCUGUAAUGAAUGUUCAGGUACUCUGAGUGUGGGGUAUAUGAGGGUACAGAUGCCAAAUCCCACCCAGGGUCCCUGACACACUGGCGUUUCUUCGGGUGGAUGUGGAAAAGAGCUGAAGUUGACUGUCUUGUCAGCUCCGGAAUUGGCAGCUCUUUGGGCACUGGCAGGCUGCCCUCUAACUGUUGGCCCGUGGGUUGGGGGUUGUGGAUCAGUGGUAGAGUGCAUGCCUAAUAUGGGUAAGACCUGGCUUCUAUAUUCAUCACUGAAGACAACACAAAAAACUGCCCAAUCACCUCUCAUCUUAGUUCAUAAUUGCAGUAGAAUCAUUCUGAACUUAUCACAAUAGGUGCAGGUUCCUAAUGGGCCAUCAGAUGAUCAGGUCAGCAAAUGUGCCAUGUGUCUGCUAAACAGAUGCUUCAGUUUGUAGGAGGGGGUUGCUUGUUUGUCCUGGCCACCCAGAGCCCAAAUAAUCACACAGAAACUAUAUUAUUUAAAACACUGCUUGGCCCAUUAGCUCUAACUUCUUAUUGGCUAACUCUUACAUCUUAGUUUAACCCAUCUCCAUUAAUCUGUGCAUCACCAUGAGGUCGUGUCCUGCCAGUGAAGUUUUAGCACGUCUAUCUCCAGCCAGCUCCCUGACUUCUCUCUGACUCCACUCUUCUUCCUCCCAGCAUUCAACUUAGUUUUCCCUGCCUACCUAAGUUCUGCCCUGCUAUAGGUCUAGGGCAAUUUUCUUUAUUCAUUAAUGGUAAUCACAGCACACAGAGGGGACUCCCACAUCACCAGUUUGUGUCCACACUGUGAACAGUGAGGGCUGUAUUUGUCAAAGUCCUGGAAAUGUAGUCUUCACGUGCUGAGUUCCUUUCUUUGUAUAUAGAGAGUGAGUUUUCAAAACCCACACAGAUUAGGGUGCCAAGCCAUCAAUGGCAACAGUAUUUUUUCUUUUUUAAAAAUAUGAUUUUUUAAAUUCUUUGAUAAUUUCAUGCAUGCUUUGUGUGUGUUUGUGUGUGACAGGGUCUCACUAAAUAGCCGUCCUUGAAGUCAACCCCCUCAGUUGCUGGGAUUACAGGCAUGUGCUAUCAUGCCCAGCAAUAGUAUUUCUUAAUACCAAGUAGUAGUACUAAGUCAAAACUACUGCAGUGUUCAAAUAUGCUUGCCUACUGCUUGGCUGAAGGGACACUAGCCCACUCGAGCAUGUGGCUCUGGCAGGCUUGGCCCUGCUACCCAUUUCCUCUGCUUUGCUAAGAACUGUUAGAUUACAUUCCCGAAGCUAGCCUAAAGGUCUUUUUCCUUAUUUGGCCACUUCCUCCUCCUGGGGCUGACUACCAGAGUCCAGCAAUCAAAAUCCCCCUUUGGCUUACCUAAUUAACAUGCCCAAUUAAAAUUAAACACCUUACCCUAACACGAGGUUUCCUCCUUUACCUUUAUAAACUGUCAUUUGCCUAAAUCAGUCUCCUAUCUAUAUAGAGGCAGUCCUUUGUUCCUCCAGGACAAGUACCACUUCCCCUUUCCCCUUGGCCCCUUCCCCUCUCCCUUAUCCCUGUCUCCUUUACCACAGCAUCCUAGCCCAUUCUAACACGGAUCUCCC